AUGUAUCAGAAACAUGUCGCACACGCCAACGACCGCUUCGCGAAAGAACAGGCCUUCAGCAACUGUCGAGGUGACAGGACGCCGUCCGGCAGAAGGCAGUGGCCGCUGCCCAGGGGAGGCGCGGCCAGGCCGCACUGCGCGUCCAGAGCUCAGCUGCGGCGAUCCACGGCCCUGCAGGAGCACCGCUCCGGCCCUCCUUGUUACACAGUGCCAACUUGGGCCGAAGACAGUCCAGACUUCGUAGUAUACAAAAGCUCUCCUCCUCUGGCGCGCAAACAGCAAAAGCUCUCCUCCUCUGGCGCGCAAACAGCAAAAGCUCUCCUCCUCUGGCGCGCAAACAGCAAAAGCUCUCCUCCUCUGGCGCGCAAACAGCAAAAGCUCUCCUCCUCUGGCGCGCAAACAGCAAAAGCUCUCCUCCUCUGGCGCGCAAACAGCAAAAGCUCUCCUCCUCUGGCGCGCAAACAGCAAAAGCUCUCCUCCUCUGGCGCGCAAACAGCAAAAGCUCUCCUCCUCUGGCGCGCAAACAGCAAAAGCUCUCCUCCUCUGGCGCGCAAACAGCAAAAGCUCUCCUCCUCUGGCGCGCAAACAGCAAAAGCUCUCCUCCUCUGGCGCGCAAACAGCAAAAGCUCUCCUCCUCUGGCGCGCAAACAGCAAAAGCUCUCCUCCUCUGGCGCGCAAACAGCAAAAGCUCUCCUCCUCUGGCGCGCAAACAGCAAAAGCUCUCCUCCUCUGGCGCGCAAACAGCAAAAGCUCUCCUCCUCUGGCGCGCAAACAGCAAAAGCUCUCCUCCUCUGGCGCGCAAACAGCAAAAGCUCUCCUCCUCUGGCGCGCAAACAGCAAAAGCUCUCCUCCUCUGGCGCGCAAACAGCAAAAGCUCUCCUCCUCUGGCGCGCAAACAGCAAAAGCUCUCCUCCUCUGGCGCGCAAACAGCAAAAGCUCUCCUCCUCUGGCGCGCAAACAGCAAAAGCUCUCCUCCUCUCGCGCGCAAACAGCAAAAGCUCUCCUCCUCUCGCGCGCAAACAGCAAAAGCUCUCCUCCUCUCGCGCGCAAACAGCAAAAGCUCUCCUCCUCUCGCGCGCAAACAGCAAAAGCUCUCCUCCUCUCGCGCGCAAACAGCAAAAGCUCUCCUCCUCUCGCGCGCAAACAGCAAAAGCUCUCCUCCUCUCGCGCGCAAACAGCAAAAGCUCUCCUCCUCUGGCGCGCAAACAGCAAAAGCUCUCCUCCUCUGGCGCGCAAACAGCAAAAGCUCUCCUCCUCUGGCGCGCAAACAGCAAAAGCUCUCCUCCUCUCGCGCGCAAACAGCAAAAGCUCUCCUCCUCUCGCGCGCAAACAGCAAAAGCUCUCCUCCUCUCGCGCGCAAACAGCAAAAGCUCUCCUCCUCUCGCGCGCAAACAGCAAAAGCUCUCCUCCUCUCGCGCGCAAACAGCAAAAGCUCUCCUCCUCUCGCGCGCAAACAGCAAAAGCUCUCCUCCUCUCGCGCGCAAACAGCAAAAGCUCUCCUCCUCUCGCGCGCAAACAGCAAAAGCUCUCCUCCUCUCGCGCGCAAACAGCAAAAGCUCUCCUCCUCUCGCGCGCAAACAGCAAAAGCUCUCCUCCUCUCGCGCGCAAACAGCAAAAGCUCUCCUCCUCUCGCGCGCAAACAGCAAAAGCUCUCCUCCUCUCGCGCGCAAACAGCCAAAGCUCUCCUCCUCUUCAAACAACAAACUUUCCCCCAAACAGCAGCAGCAGCAACAAAACUCGAAACAGCAGCAGCAACAAAACUCGAAACAGCAGCAGCAACAAAACUCGAAACAGCAGCAGCAACAAAACUCGAAACAGCAGCAGCAACAAAACUCGAAACAGCAGCAGCAACAAAACUCGAAACAGCAGCAGCAACAAAACUCGAAACAGCAGCAGCAACAAAACUCGAAACAGCAGCAGCAACAAAACUCGAAACAGCAGCAGCAACAAAACUCGAAACAGCAGCAGCAACAAAACUCGAAACAGCAGCAGCAACAAAACUCGAAACAGCAGCAGCAACAAAACUCGAAACAGCAGCAGCAACAAAACUCGAAACAGCAGCAGCAACAAAACUCGAAACAGCAGCAGCAACAAAACUCGAAACAGCAGCAGCAACAAAACUCGAAACAGCAGCAGCAACAAAACUCGAAACAGCAGCAGCAACAAAACUCGAAACAGCAGCAGCAACAAAACUCGAAACAGCAGCAGCAACAAAACUCGAAACAGCAGCAGCAACAACAAAACUCGAAACAGCAGCAGCAACAACAAAACUCGAAACAGCAGCAGCAACAACAAAACUCGAAACAGCAGCAGCAACAAAACUCCUCUCACCAACAAACAACGCCGUAA